AUGGAUUAUCCAAUACUUCAAAAUGAAGCACGAUUGAAAAAAUUUAAAGAUAUUAUUACUAAAUAUGAUAUUAAUUAUGAUUUUGCAUUUCGUCUUCGAGGUCUUGAAGGUUUCGAAAUAGUUACGAUACUUGAUGAUAGUUCAUCUAUGUAUACACCAAUUAUUGAUCGAGAUCAAAAGAAUAUUUCACCAUUCAGUCAAUUACCAAGUCGCUGGGAUGAACUUAAACAUGUUGUAUCGAUUGUUGUUGAUCUUGCUUCAGUAGUCGAUCCUGAUGGUGUUGACAUAUAUUUUUUAAAUCGUUCACCACUUUUACAUAUUACAGAUUCAUCACAAUUGCAUGAAACAUUUUCUAGAUUACCAAAUGGUCCAACACAUCUUACACGUGUUCUUAGUGACGUACUUAAUUUGAAACGUCCACAUGUUCAUGAUCGAAAAUUAUUAAUUUUAAUUGCAACAGAUGGUAUACCUACUGAUGAUCAUGGACAAAAUGAUCUUAAUCGUUUAGAAAAAGUUUUACGUAAUGAAAGAUAUCCAUCUCUCGAUCGUAUUUAUAUAACAUUUAUUGCUUGUACAGAUGAUCUUCAAUCAGUUGGCUACUUAAAUAAAUUCGAUAAGAAAAUCCCUUAUGUUGAUGUUUUGGAUGAUUAUCGAAGUGAACGAAAAGAAAUUUUAGCUGUACAAGGUAAAAAUUUUCCAUUUUCAUAUGGUGAUUAUGUUGUCAAAAUUUUAAUGGGAUCUCUUGAUCAGUGGUUUGAUCAAUUAGAUGAAAAAAAAGUGAAAUUAAGUAGUAUUGGUGAAAAACAACAAGGAAGAUUAUCUCGAGAACAUCUGUCAGCAUUCAAGGAUAGUUGUACAAUUUCGUAA